AUUUUUAGCAAUCAGCUGACGCGAGACUUGGAAACUUGCGUGGGAAAGGAAAUCAAAAAAGAAAACAGCUAUGGCGGCCGAGAUUCAUUCAAGGCCGCAGAGCUCUAGGCCUAUACUGCUGAACAAAAUCGAAGGGCAUCAAGAUUCAGUGACUGCCGCGAUUUUAAUCCCGAAGGAGGACGGAGUCAUCACCGUCAGCGAAGACAGGUCUAUUCGUGUAUGGCUGAAGAGAGACAGUGGACAGUACUGGCCCAGCAUUUACCAUACUGUGUCCUCUCCAUGUUCAUGCAUGGCAUACCACCAAGAAAGCAGGCGGAUCUUUGUAGGACAGGAUAAUGGAUCUGUUGUGGAAUUUCUUAUUUCUGAAGACUUCAACAAGAUGAACCAUGUGAAGACUUAUCCAGCUCAUCAGGGUCGCGUGUCAGACAUCAUGUACUCCUUGCUGAGUCAGUGGGUUGUGAGUACAGGUUUUGACAAAAGCGUUAGCUGGAUGUGCACCCAGAGUGGCUCCAUGCUUGGAUGCCACUACUUCAGCUCCUGGGCCUCAUGUCUUCAGUAUGAUGAUGAUACCCAGCAUGCAUUUGUUGGUGAUUACUCAGGACAAAUCACCUUGCUGAAAUUGGAAAGACAGACAUAUUCCACUAUAACGACUUUAAAGGGACAUGAAGGAAGCAUAGGAGCUCUGUGGUGGGACCCAGUGAAAAGAUGGCUGUUCUCUGGUGCAUCAGAUCACAGUAUAAUCAUGUGGGACAUUGGCGGGAGAAAGGGCCGCACACUACUACUACAGGGACAUCAUGAAAAGGUGCAGACUCUGCAGUAUCUGCAGUUGUCUAAGCAGUUGGUCUCCUGCUCUGCCGAUGGAGCUAUUGCAGUGUGGAACAUGGAUGUGCCACGGCAGGAGGCCCCACAGUGGUUGGAUAGUGACUCAUGUCAGAAGUGUGAACAGCCGUUUUUUUGGAACAUUAAGCAAAUGUGGGACACUAAGACCCUUGGUCUCCGACAACACCAUUGCAGGAAAUGUGGAAAGGCAAUUUGUGGGAAGUGUAGCUCUAAACAUUCAACCUACCCCAUCAUGGGCUUUGAGUUGCAGGUGCGAAUGUGUGAUGACUGCUACAACACAAUCAAAGAGGAAGAUCGAAUACCUAUGGCUAUGUUCCAUGAAGGGAAACACAACAUAUCUCACAUGGAUAUUGACUGUUCUAGAGGCCUUAUGGUAACCUGCGGGAGAGACCGUAUUGUUAAGAUAUGGGAUAUGAUCCAGGUGGUUGGCAUUUCAACAGGCUUUCACUGAGUAAUAGAAACACUACAGGCCCAUUACAGGAGCUCUUCAUGUAUGAAUCCACAUACCUGGCCCUGUAGUUAUAUUUCUGUAUGCCUCUGUUAUUCUAAUCAUUUUUGCAGUCAGUGUUGUCUGAAUCUUGCUUAUCCCCCUCUCGCUCGCUCUCUCCCUCUUACACCCUCUCUCCCCUUCCUUGCCUUAUUCAACUCAGGUGAAGAACUACCAGUUCUCUUCAGACUCUAAUAGUGACCCAUAAAGAGGUUUCAGAGAGAGUAUCCAUAGUAUGCAAAAGCAAAGAAUGCAAGGCACAAAGCAUCUUGUCCAAUUUAAUGAGACUUUGGUUAUGUUUGGUAACAAAAGUUAAAUGUAAGGUUUAUCAUUGACUGAGCUUUCUCUGGGAUAAAACAAUGCAAUUAGAUGGAAAUUUUGUGCACUAGCCUCCUUACAGUGCUGGCAACACUGAUAGAAAAACUAUUUUAGUGAGAACAGGUAGAUGAGAAUCACUGGUGUAUCGUUGGUUUUCCAUUUCAUCCAAACGAUUUUUAGUAGACUUGAGGUCAGGGCUUUGUGCAGGCCCCAAGUUAUUUUGCUCUAAAUUUGCUUACUGGAGGAUUUUUGGAUGCCAAAAUAGCAGGAGUAGUUUCUUAAUUUCUCAAAUCUGCCUCAAAUCUGCCAUGGUCAAAGUCUGAACUCAAACUGAGAUUACACUUUUCUUCAUUCUGUUGUUGACAUUCAUUUUAGCCCUUGACCUCUAUCUGCAUAAUAUUAUGCAUUUUGUUGCCACCACAUGAGUAAAUGAUAAUUGUAUGAAUGAUUUACAGGUGCUAAUAAUAAAGUGCCCAGUGAGUAUAUAUGAUACAGUUCCCCCCAUACCUCUUGUUGCAUAAUUUUUUAUUUCCUGUUUCAUUUGCGUGUGUGUAGGUGCGUUAUUUCCUAAAUCAUUUUUCUGAAAAAGCUGCACACAAUCUUUAUAUAGUAGUAAGCAUUUUAUUAACCCAGCAAUCAUAGGACUUGUUUUGACAUUUUCUGGUCGUGUUAAAUAAAAACAUUUUUUUAAUGUAACUGAAUUUAUGUGGGCUUUAUCACACUGAUGGCCCUAGGAUAUUUUGUUAACUUUAGAAAUGACGUAUGCAGUCAUUCCAAGGUCUUUGCUAUGAGCUUAGUACAGUACCGCACGUUGAUUUAAAAUUUAAAUUGUUUGCUGCAGGCUAAAGUUUUUAGAGUUUCAUUGUCAGAAAAAAAGCUUCUUGUUAUAUUAAACACUAAUUGAUCAGCUUUGA